AUGGAGGCUAAUGGCGACCCUUUCCUUCAAGUCCAAGCAGACAUCCUUUCCACUCUUAAUACUACCCGCCCACUUUUCUCCUCAUACCAGCGCAUCCGCUCCCUCGCGACCUCCCCUACCAACCCUGAGCUCCUACAAGCACGAGAAGAACUCGAAUCCACGCUUCAAGAACUAAGCACAGACCUUGAAGACCUUGUUAGCAGCGUGCGUGUAGUAGAAAACGACCCAUACCGAUAUGGCAUUGAGCUUGAUGAGGUGGAGAGGCGGCGGAGGCUGGUUGAGGAUGUCGGAAGGGAAAUCGAAGGGAUGAGAGAGGAGCUGCAAAAGACGGUUGCUUCGAAUAUAGGGGCUGGUGCCGCUCCUCCAAAUUCCGCUACAAGACGUCUCUGCUGA